CCCUAUCUCAUCUCACAUAUUUAUAAUAUAAAUAUUAAAAAUCAGGUUUUUCUGAUUUUUAUUUCGGCACUUGUCUUGAGAAGGAUCCUUAAGCCCUAACAUAAGCCUAGUAAUUAUUCUCUCCUAGAGUGUAAUGGCUGCUAGCAAUCCGAUGGGUAUAGAUAAAGAACAGGCCUUUGGUAUGGCAGAAAUUGAAAUGGAGCAUAAAGUAGAAUUGUUUAACAGGCUUACUCAGACAUGUUUCAAAAAGUGUUUUGAGAAAAGGUACAAGGACUCUGAGCUAAAUAUGGGUGAAAUUAGUUGUAUUGAUCGCUGUGUUUUUAAGUAUUGGCAGGUUAAUAAUUUGAUUGGGCAGCUGCUUGCUGGUGGUGGUCGGCCUUCAAUGUAAAACUUUGGCAUAUCAAUCAAGUUGGUUUUUAAUUCAACGCAUACCAGGCUUGCAGCUUAGAAUGGAGACUAAAACUAUGUCAUUCAUGAACUUGACCUUGAGGCCUUUAUACUGUUGUUUGUGAGAGUUUAUAUUGGCUGUUAACUUUUGCAAUCAAAUUAAGAUUCUUUUUGGUAAUUAAUAAAUUAAAGAUUUUGGUAUUUGGCAU